GGAAUGGCUGUUGAAAAUAUCACCCUGGACUCAGCUGAAAACUCUCCAAACCAGAGCAGCUGUGAUGUGUUCGUCUACCAGAGAGCAGCCGUGGUCCUCUUCCCUAUUUUCUACUCAGUGGUUUUUAUCAUCAGCGCGUGCGGCAACAGUUUGGUUCUCUAUGUGACCUGCCAGAGGAAGCAGAAAUUCAACUCCACCUCCGUUUAUCUGGUCAACCUCGCACUCUCUGACACCCUGUUCACACUGGCACUGCCUGGCAGAAUUAUUUACUACAUCCGGCACUAUGACUGGCCCUUUGGUGACCUCCUCUGCAGACUGACCACGCUGCUCUUCUUUGCAAAUACAUACGCGGGUAUUGGCUUCAUGACCUGUAUCAGUCUGGAUCGAUACCUGGCGAUGGUGCACCCACACCGGCUGCAGUGUUUGCGUAGCGUGAAGGUGGUUCGCAAGGUCUCCUGCCUGGUCUGGGCUGUGGUAUCCCUAGAGGUAGUCCCUCUGCUGUUCCGCAGCAUGCUGCGCGAGCACCAGGGAAGACAGACCUGCAUGGAGUACAUCAACUUCGACGGCUCCCGCUUCACCCCAUAUCUCCUGCUCCUGGCCUGCGUCAUCUCCUUCUGCUGUCCGCUCGUCAUCAUCAUGGGCUGCUACGCCAAGAUCAACCUAAAGCUGCGAGCUGCAGCCAAGCAGAACUCUGUGACCGGUCGAUCGAGGAGGAGCCACAGGGCCAACACCAUCAUCCUACUCAUCCUCCUCACCUUCAUCAUGUGCUUCAGCCCUUACCACCUCAACGUUAUGCAGUUUAUGUCCAGAGAGAUACACCACCAGGCAACCUGCGAGGAGCUCAGGGCCUUUAAGGUGUCCUUACAGAUCACAGUUUCACUAAUGAACUUCAACUGCUGCUUGGACCCAGUCAUCUACUUCUUCGCCAUUAAGACCUACAAGAAGCGGGUGCUGAGUCUGUUCAAGGACUAUCUAUACACUUCCGGUGCCUCCUCCAAGGUGACAGCUGAGAACAGCAGCAGCAACACCUGA